AUGGGUGCGUUUCGCUUUCUUUUGCUCUCGUACUCCUUGUUUUCAUUAACUACAGCUAAUUUUGCUAUCGAUAAUGAACUUACUGGAGAGCCAGAAGUUGAUUGUGAAGAAGGCAUGGUAUCUUUAACAUUCAAGACAAAGAAGCCUUUCACUGGCCGUGUAUACGUACAAGGACAAGCUGAAGACGAGAAAUGUUCGCGGAACUUUGCUAGGAAUGCUGACCAGUCGACUGUUUCAGUGAUGGUUCAGAAUGGAGACUGCACGAUGUCAAGACAACGAGUUUCUGGUUCUAUCGAAGUAAGUUAUUUGAUAUUUUUAGACAAUAUUUUUUUAGGGAAUGAUGGUGUCGCUGACCAUUGUCGUGUCUUUCCAUGGUACUUUUGUGACUAAAGCUGACAGAGCCUACAGAUGUAUGUGCUUCUUCAAGAGCGUGAAAAGAUUGUCGAACGUGAUUGACAUUGAUUCUGUGCCGACUACAGAAUUGAUGAACACCGUGCCAAGUCCAGAAUGUGAAUACUCGAUUAGGUCUGGUAGUCCUGAUGGACCUCCAAUGUCGUAAGUUUUUUUUGCUAGUAAAUAUACCGUACCAUAUUAAGUAUAACAGACAGACAAUAAAUAUAACUCAAUUUAGACUGGGUCAUGUUGGAGACCGUAUCUUCCACGUGUGGAGCUGUAACUCUCCUAACCACAACUUCCUUGUUCACUCAUGUACUGUCGAUGAUGGCAGAGGACUCAGAUUUGACUUGGUAUGACAUUUUUGGUUUACUUUGAUACUUAAAUGCAACCUUAACCAAAAUUUUUGAAAUAUUAUGUUUAAAAACUAUUUUACAAAGAUAACUUCCAAACACUUUGCUUGCAGCUUGACAUUGACGGUUGUGCCAUUGACCCGAUUAUUCAACCAGAUGUCGUCUAUGACAACAAUGGUAAACGAGCCAGUGUGGAGACGUUUGGGUACAAGUUCAGCGACACUGCUGUCCUCAACUACCAAUGUGUGAUUGAGUUGUGCAAGAUAAGUUCAGGAGAGUGUCGUGGACUGACUCCACCAGCUUGUGGUCGAGUGAAGAAGCGUCACGUCUUCAAGAGAGAAACUGACUCUAAGCUGAGUGUGCUACAAAGUCUGACGAUGACAAAUGGAGCUGAUGACAUCGUUCCAGCUUCGAUCACGACAUCAGCCAACGAGAACAGUGUGGAGUUGGUGGAGCCGGGAAAGGACGGCAGAUCGAACUGUCUGGAGUCGCUGCUGUUUGCUUUUGUCUUGACCAUCUUGGCCGCGAUCUCGUUUGCGAUGGGAGUUAUCAUCAUCAUGUUCAGAAGGUCGGUUUAAGCAAUUUUUAAGUUUGAAAACAGUUAUUAGGUCAAAAAUUUCUUAGAAUACGGAUUUUGAUGCUAUUUUUAUAAAAAGUGACACAAUUUUUUAUAUUAUUGUAGCCAUAUUGUUGUAGGCGAAACGACUCGACAGAAUUGACCUUCUAG